AUGCCCUCAGUGAGCUGGAGUCGGUUCUCCAGUGCUUCGGCAUAUCCUUUCUCUGGUCCUCUUCGAAGCUGUUCGGGCCAGUUGCACGGUCGAUUGUUCUCGAGACAUUGUACGCACACGGGUUUUCGACCGCUGCAUUUUUGCUUUCUUGAGCGACACGCGUUGCAUGCGAUUGUUAUACGCGCUGGUCGUCUUUCUUUUGAUUUUGAUGGCAUUUUAUUUUCUUUCUGGAUGUUUAUCUGCAUUUGGCUUUCCGGAAAUACUCAUUACAUCUUAUCUAGUUCCACACAUAUUUCCUCUUUCAAUAUGGCUUCAAAGAAUUCAUACCGCAUUGCCUCUAUCCCAGGCGAUGGCAUUGGUCCCGAGGUAGUCAGUGCUACUAUCCAGGUCGUCGAGAAACUCGCAAAGACCCUCGGUACAUUCAAUAUCAACUUUGAGCAUAUCCCGUGGGGAACCGAGUACUACAAGCAAACCGGACGAUAUGUGUCUGAAGAUUGCCUCGACACUCUACGCCAGUACAAUGCUAUAUUAUUCGGUGCCGUUGGAUCACCCGACGUACCCGAUCACAUCUCACUCUGGGGCCUACUCCUCGCCCUCCGCGGCCCACUCCAGCUAUACGCAAACGUCCGACCAGUCCGUACCUUCCCAGGAACCAAAUGCCCGCUCAACACCGCAACAGAGGGCAUUGACUGGAUGCUCGUACGUGAGAACUCCGAAGGCGAGUACGCAGGACAAGGUGGACGGUCUCACGUCGGACAGCAAUGGGAAGUCGCGACGGAAGUAGCCGUGUUCACGCGCGUGGGCAUCGAGCGGAUAAUGCGCUUCGCGUUUGAGACAGCGCGAUCACGGCCGCGCAAGCUCCUAACCGUCGUCACGAAGAGCAACUCCAUGCGCAACGGGAUGGUGUUGUGGGAUGAAGUUGCGGCACUUGUCGCGAAGGACUUCCCCGAUGUCAGCUGGGAUAAGAUGCUUGUUGAUGCGAUGACUGUUCGGAUGGUGGCGAAGCCGCAGUCGAUUGAUACGAUCGUCGGGACGAACUUGCAUAUGGAUAUUUUGUCGGAUCUUGCUGCUGCGUUGGCCGGGUCGAUUGGUGUUGCGCCGUCUAGUAACUUGGAUCCUACGCGCAAGAGUCCGUCGAUUUUUGAGCCUGUUCAUGGGAGUGCUUUUGAUAUUACGGGGAAGGGAGUUGCGAAUCCGGUUGCUACUUUUUGGUCGGCGGCCGAGAUGCUUGUCUGGAUUGGGGAGAAGGAUGCUGCUGCCCAGUUGAUGGGCUGUGUGGAACGGGUUUGUGCCGAAGGGAUUCUGACCCCUGAUCUUGGGGGGGCGUCUGACACUCAAGGGGUUGUGGAUGCUGUUUGUCUGGAGGUUGAGAAGUUGGCCUGA